AAAGCGCUUACUGAACUCUGCUGGUUGAAUCCGGCAGUGUGAACAAGCUACGUGUAAUAUUUGAUUAAAAAUGGCUGAAAGGAAAGCCAAUGCCCCGAGCUCCAGCGCUAACCUGCUGUUUUCCACAACUCCAGAAUUUAAUUUUAAUCUUCCAUUUAUUCCUGUCAGUCAAGCAACGGAUCCAGCAGUCUUAUCCGGAGAUGAUGCCAGUGAAGUUGGUGAAGAAGACAGCUUUCUUGGUCAGACCUCAUCAACAGCACCUCAGCCAUCAACUUUAAGCUAUUUUACAGCCUCUGGGGGCAACGGGGAUCCGUUUGCCUCAAUAGGGCCCAAGUCAUACCUGCCUCCUGCUUCUACUGUUGGCCCAACAGCUGCUUCUUCACUAGUGUCCACUGCUGCAAGUCUGCCACCAGUUCCCCCGAUUUCCCAUGUAAACUCUGUGCAGCAGUAUGGCAAUGCAGUUUACCAGAACCCUGUCAGCACAUACACUCCAUCACCUAACAUGACUGCUGCUCCUCCUCCCCAGGCCAGCCAGCAGUCCUUUAAUCCUUAUCGACACACAGCCAUGAGUAGCAAAGCAAACCCUUAUAUCAUGGCUCCUGAGCUCCAGCAGCAAUCUCCUCAUCAGACAUCACAGCAUCUUAAUCCAUACUCUCAGACCCCUCCGCCUCCCACGUUCCCAUCCGCACCCCCAGCAUUCACCCAGCCUCCCCCUCCACAGGUUCCUCCCCCACCUUCAGGACCCCAUAUGGCAGGACCUGUGGUUCCAGCCAACCCCAUGAUGCAAUUCCCCUCUAAUGUCUAUGAGCCUGUUCAGCCUCACUGGUUCUACUGCAAACUAGUGGAGUCCAAGUCAGUUUGGCUUCCCUUCAGUCUCUUGGAUUCCAUGCGUUUGGAGGAGACUUUUAAUUCUGUCCAGCCAGACCCGGAGAGUGUGAUAGUGAGUACAGAUGGUGCACGAUAUGAUGUCCAGCUUUAUGACCGCACUCGCACUGCUGUGUAUUGGGAGGAGGAGCCAACUGAGGUGCGCCGCUGUUCCUGGUUUUACAAAGGAGACAAUGACAGCCGCUUUAUCCCCUAUUCAGAGGAGUUCAGUGACAAACUGGAGGCAGAAUAUAAGAAAGCCGUUUGCACUAAUCAGUGGCACCGACGGCUGGAAUUUCCUUCAGGGGAAACAAUUGUGAUGCAUAAUCCAAAGGUGAUAGUACAGUUUCAGCCAACUGCCACGCCUGAUGAAUGGGGCACGACACAGGAUGGUCAGACUCGGCCCAGAGUGGUGAAGAGGGGAGUGGAUGAUGACCAUGAUGACAUUCCUGAUGGUGAAAUGCCACAAGUGGACCAUCUGGUGUUUAUGGUGCAUGGCAUUGGCCCAGUCUGUGAUCUCCGAUUCAGGAGCAUGGUGGAGUGUGUGGAUGACUUCCGCAGUGUAUCCCUGAAGCUGCUGCAGAGUCAUUUUAAGAAGGCUCUGGAUGAGCAUGUUAUAAGUCGUGUGGAGUUUCUGCCUGUGCACUGGCACACCGCCCUGCAUGGAGAUGCCACAGGAGUGGACAGGCGGAUAAAGAAGAUCACCCUGCCCAGCACUGUGCGCCUGCGACACUUUACCAAUGAAACCCUCUUAGAUGUUCUAUUCUACAACAGCCCAACCUAUUGCCAGACCAUCAUGGACACCGUGGCUUUUGAGAUUAACCGACUUUAUGCACUGUUCAUGCAGAGAAACCCAAAUUUUAAAGGGGCUGUGUCAGUGGCUGGACACAGUCUAGGCUCUUUGAUACUUUUUGACCUACUGUCUAAUCAGAAGAACCCAUCUUCUGCCUCAACUCCAAAUGGAAAUGCUCAGCCUGAAGCUAAACAGGUGAGUCCUCCUGUCUCUCAGGCCAGUGAGGUCUUUAGCCCGGUUGCAGAAGAGGAAGCAAAAGAGGAAGAAGAGGAGACCGCCAAUCUGUCAUCUAUUCUGGAGGAGCUGGGCCUGUCUGAGUACCUCAGCACAUUUGAGCAGGAGAAGAUUGAUGUUGAGUCACUGCUUAUGUGCACAGUGGAUGAUUUGAAAGAAAUGGGUAUUCCUUUGGGGCCCCGCAAGAAGAUUGCAAAGUUUGUUAAAGAAAAAGCAGUAAAGCAGGCUGCAGCAGACAAAGUUGUAGCUAAAGAAGACAUUAAAGAAGUUUCAACCCCUCAACACACUGAAUCAGUCACAACUGUUGCCAGAUCCAAGGUUCCAGUGGGCAGGCUUAUGUCCUCCAUGCAUGUGGAUUACAACUGCUUUGAAACUGGCACUGGGCAGGUGUCUGUGGUGUAUCAUGCUCUGGACUUCAACCCUGUCAAUUUCUUCGCACUUGGCUCUCCAAUUGGCAUGUUUCUGACAGUGCGAGGGGUGGAGAAACUCGAGGACAGCUACCAGCUACCCACCUGCCAAGGCUUCUUUAACAUUUAUCAUCCAUUGGAUCCAGUGGCAUACAGGAUUGAGCCCAUGAUUUUACCUGAUAUAGAACUGGAACCGGUUUUGAUUCCUCAUCAUAAAGGGAGGAAAAGGCUUCAUCUUGAAUUAAAGGAGAGUCUGUCCAGGAUGGGUUCUGACUUGAAGCAGGGCUUCAUCAGUUCUUUAAAGACUGCGUGGCAGACUCUACAUGAUUUUGCUCGUGCUCAUACCUCCUCCACAAAGCUGCAUGAACAGCUGGCUAUAGUGGCCAGUCAAAUAAAAGAGGAAGAGGAAAUGCAAAAAGAAGUUGACAAACUAGAUAUGGAGACUCCUGAGCCUGCAAAGGAGGAAGAGACUCGGGUGAAGGUGGGCAUGCUGAAUGGAGGACGUCGCAUUGAUUAUGUCCUGCAAGAGAAACCCAUUGAGAGCUUUAAUGAAUAUCUCUUUGCUCUCCAAAGUCACCUGUGUUACUGGGAAUCUGAGGACACAGCUUUGUUCUUCCUUAAAGAGAUUUAUAAGACCAUGGACAUAUGGCCAGAGCAAAUGGCACACUGAUGUGAUAACUAAAAAAAAAUAAAGCACAUAAAAAGCUCAUUUUAAA